CAUCUCCUCACGCGUCUAAUGGUGCCGACACUUCCCUGUGAUCUGAUUGAUGCAUAUGCAUCGACGCCAAUGAUGCUGCGCCGCUUUGCCUACAUGUCCGGGUCGUCGUCGUCGCACGGCACUGCCAAAAGUCCCGUCAUGUCCUUUGCCUUCUUCCCGAGCACGACGUGAAGCCGUCAUCGUCAUCUACAUCAACACACUUGCGCGCUUGGCUCUCGAGUGCUCGUCCUAAUUACGAUUCGCAUCUUUCUACCGAGGUACCCCGUACGCGCUUACCGUUACGUUGUCGCGACAGGAAAGAGAUCAGGAGACUGGGGUUUGCGGCUUGGUCGCACGAGUGAUGUGUGAUCAGAUACUGUUGACUUGACACACAUACACAAACAGCCUGCCAGAGCCAUUUGCCACCUAUAUUUCCGAAGCUUGAACAGGUCUAAAUAGUGAUCGCGCAGAAAUAUGGCACAACGAGGAGGCUACCAAAACAGUCGGGUGCAGCAAGUGCAGGAUGAGUCGAGAUCGCAUGCACGCUUCUCAUGGCAAAUGCCAGUCGAUCUACAGCCACUCCAACAGGUGGACCAGCAAGAGAGGACUGCAACUGCGACUGCGACUCCACCACGACAGCAGAGGAGGCCGUCAUAUGGUACACGACGGCCGUCCAACGAGAAUCGUUUCUCCUACGUCCAGACACCGAUUGAAGCUCAGAAUGCGACCUUCCAUCAAAUGCAGGCCUUCCAGCCGUCGGAGUCUGUUAUACCUGCCUCGCCGACGAACAUUCUGGGCUCACCAAUAACUCCGAUUGACGCCUCCCCUAUCUCUCCAAUCGACCGACAUGGAUAUCAGUUACCUCGAUCGAUGACACUGGAGCAACGACAGCAGGAGGAAGCGCGACAGAAAGAGAUGGGAGGCGGAGGACGUGUCUCUCCGUACAAUUUUGCUCCUCCGACAGAGACACAUCCUGCCUUUUAUGCUCUGCCACAAGCACAGCAUCCUGUGCAGCAACAGUUACCGCAGCAUCAGAUGCCUCAGCAGCAAUACCCAUCGCGAACGCAGACUCCACAACACCCUUCCCGGACGACUACUCCAUAUCAACAUACCCAACAGCCGGCUUUGCCUAUGCAUCAAUAUCCGUCACGGACUACUACUCCCCACCAACAAGCCCAAUACCCUCCGGAGACACCAAAAUCGCCGCCUCCGCCAUUAUCGCCUCCGCUCUCGCCCCGACCUAUGAAAUCGGACCGCGACGACGACAUCAAGAACCGACACGACACGCCUCUUUCACCCGCUCGAACAUGGACUCCUCACCAAGCCCAGACGCCUACGUUACCUCCACAGGCAAUCUUCGCCCCUGACGCCCUCGUCGGCCCGAAUGGUGCCCAGCUCGAUAUACACAAGCCGGGUCAAAUUGUGCAUCCGAACAUGAAUCACAACCUGCCUGGCGAGGACUCGACGUGGAUGAAUGGUCUGUGUGGGUGCGGAAGCGAUGUUGGAACAUGCAUGACGGGGUUCUUUUGUCCGUGUAUUGUCUAUGGCAAGACGGCGUAUCGAAUGAGCCUAAAGAGCGAAAAGAAGGACCCCACGGAUAUGCUGGGCUGGAGUGCUGUGAAUGGGCAGUGUUGCUGUAUGGCGGCGAGCUGUGGGCUAUGGUGCCUCUUUCCCAUGUUUCAACGCACACGCCUCCGCCACUUAUACAAGCUCAAAGGAUCGCUCUCGUCUGAUAUUAUCCGAGCCUGCUGUUGCUGCUGUUGUACAGUCGUCCAAAACGAGCGGGAGAUACGGAGUAGAGAGGAGAGCACGCGGAUGCGCGCCGGUCCAGCGAGUGGACAGGCGUAUACGGCGCCGGAGAGGAUGGUGUAUGCACCGCCACCAAGAGCGGCCACGAGCAGGUUUUGAAUCAACGUGGAACGCGGAGCGUGGAAGUGCGUGAGAAUCGAUAUAUGGCCGCCUACCAAAGUCUACGGGCGUAAUGACUGGCUGGAAUGUAAGGAAGAUUAAAGACGGGGAGCAGCAGCAGCGGUGUGAUGAGAUUCAAAUGAUGCCAGGUUCACGCCCCAUUUGCGGGAUGAACAUGCACCUUGAACUGAAUGCACGCAGCCAGCUGUGUUUAGUACAUGUGUUAUAUACCAAGCGACAUAUUGCUGUUAUAUAGGAAUUACCUAUGUUUAGACCCUUAGAUAUUGACAAUUAUUUGAGUUUC